GUGCAAGAGCUUCACAACCCCUAGUGACUUGAGUAAUCACCGGAAGUGCUUUCAACUUCAAGACCUUGCUAUCAACUAAUCAUGGCGUCUCCCUCUGGCUCCCAAAGCCUUCAGUUCGUUCUGCUGUUCAUCAGUUUGUCACUCAUGGCCGGGGAUGUAGUCCUCGCGGCUCGCCAUCUUCUAGAGGCUACUGUCCCAACACUGCCUAAGCCUGAACUACCACCACCUUUGCCUAAGCCCGAAUUGCCCCAUCCUCCUACUUUGCCCAAACCUGAAGUGCCUACCUUGCCAAAGCCUGAAUUGCCACCACUGCCCCAUGUGCCGGCCUUGCCCAAACCAGAGGUGCCAACUUUGCCCAAGCCCGAGUUGCCACCUGUGCCCCAUGUCCCGACCUUGCCCAAGCCGGAGUUGCCACCUGUACCCCAUGUUCCAACCUUGCCCAAGCCUGAGUUGCCACCUGUACCACAUGUUCCCACUUUGCCCAAACCAGAAGUGCCAGCUCUGCCUAAGCCUGAGUUGCCACCUGUACCACAUGUUCCCACUUUGCCCAAACCAGAAGUGCCAGCUCUGCCUAAGCCUGAGUUGCCACCUGUACCCCAUGUUCCAACCUUGCCCAAGCCUGAGUUGCCACCUGUACCACAUGUUCCCACUUUGCCCAAACCAGAAGUGCCAACUCUGCCUAAGCCCGAGUUGCCACCUGUUCCACAUGUCCCGACCUUGCCAAAACCCGAAAUCCCAACUUUGCCUAAGCCCGAGGUGCCAAAACUGCCAGAAUUGCCCAAGCCCACAUUGCCCACCAUUCCUACCCCUCCUCACCCGUGAGUCCGUGACCCGUCCCUCCCCACCCCCAUCCCACCUUUGGCCCUUAAAGUUUGCAUGUUAGCUAGCAUUCAUUGUAGUCAUGAUCCUUAGAAUAUGGUAAUAAGGAGGCAUUCCUUCUCUGUGACUUUGCCUCCUGUACGUGUAUGCCAUUGCUGACUUUCUGUAGCUGCUUUUAUGAAAUCUCUUGUCUAAGUUUGGAGUGAUUCUGUUUGGGACGUUCUGUCUUCUUUGUUAAUAGAAGUUGAUGUACUUCUGGGUUCUGGCCUUUGCUUGGCUACAAGUCCAGUGUUGUAUUACAAUUUGAGCUCAUAUUUGGUUUGUAUUGAUCAGUGUAACUUCGUUUUCAUAGAUAAAGAGUUAUGUUUUUACAAAA